GUCGUGCUCCAUUGAGGGCCCCAAAUUAGGUGUAAAUAGCAUUUAAUCACAAAGUUGCCAUGACAUCUAUAAUGAUUAAUUCAAUAGUAGGAAAGGAUUGUGCACCACACGUUUAACCUACCUAGUCCGAUUUUGGUACAAACUUUGAAUUCACUUUCUCGUUAAAUUGGGAAGUUUGGGAUUAUUUGAAUCGUAGGCAUUUGUGACAGUGGUGUAGAGUUCAGAGAACGCCUAACAAUGGAGGAAGGGGGUCCCAGAUUGCCUCUGUUGAAUAGAGAAGCAGGGCAGAAGCCCAAUAAUGGAUCUACUUGGACUCACACCGGUGAUGAUCUUUCUGCUGAAAUCCCUUCUUUGUGUAAUCCCCAUGAGGUUGCUAAAGCGAGUUGGAUUGAAUCCAAGAAGCUCUGGUACAUCGCUGGGCCUGCAAUAUUCACAGCCAUUUGCCAAUAUUCCCUUGGAGCCAUUACCCAGACCUUCGCCGGCCAUUUGGGCACCAUUGAACUCGCUGCUGUGGCUAUUGAGAAUUCUGUCAUAGCUGGACUGGCUUUCGGAACCAUGCUAGGCAUGGGCAGCGCUUUGGAGACACUAUGUGGCCAGGCCUUCGGAGCAGGGCAGAUACACAUGUUGGGAGUAUAUAUGCAGAGAUCAUGGAUUAUACUGAACGUCACAGCCCUAUUUCUGAGCCUUGUCUAUAUUUUUGCACCCCCUAUAUUGAAGCUAUUUGGGCAAUCUGAUGAAAUUUCAGACCUCGCAGGGAAGUUUGCCAUAUGGAUGCUUCCCCAGCUGUUUGCAUAUGCCCUGAAUUUUCCCAUCCAGAAGUUUUUACAGUCGCAGAGCAAAGUCAUGGCUAUGGCCUGGAUUUCUGCACUAGCCCUUGUCUUGCACAUUUUUCUGAGCUGGCUGUUUAUAUUGAAAUUGGGAUGGGGUUUAGCUGGGGCGGCAGUUACGCUGAAUUUGUCCUGGUGGAUAGUGGUGUUAGGGCAGCUGGCAUAUGUGGUUUCGGGGAACUGCCCUGGUGCAUGGAAUGGACUGUCGUGUCAGGCGUUCAAAGAUUUGGGGGGAUUUGUGAGGCUCUCCUUGGCUUCUGCGGUGAUGCUCUGCCUCGAGUUUUGGUAUCUCAUGAUAUUGAUCGUGUUGACGGGUCAUCUAACGAACCCAGAAAUCGAAGUUGACUCCAUUUCAAUCUGCAUGAAUUUGAAUGGAUGGGAAGUGAUGAUAGCUCUGGGAUUCAAUGCUGCUGUCAGCGUAAGAGUAUCAAAUGAACUCGGAGCAGGACGCCCCUCAGCUGCCAAGUUUGCUGUAGUGGUGGUGACUUUAACCUCAUCGGUGAUAGGCGUAUUCUUUAUGAUCCUUGUUUUCCUUACCAAAAAUGAUUUUCCUGUGCUUUUUACCGAUAGUAAAGCAGUUAUGGCAGCAGUAACUAGCCUAUCCACCUUACUUGCCCUCACAAUGCUUCUCAACAGUGUGCAACCAGUUCUAUCAGGGGUAGCAGUAGGAGCAGGGUGGCAAGCACUUGUGGCCUAUGUGAACAUAGGCUGCUACUAUAUUGUUGGGGUGCCUUUAGGUGUUCUUCUGGGAUACAAGUUCAACCUUGGAGCCAAGGGUAUCUGGAGUGGCAUGAUUAGCGGAACAUUGCUACAAACAUUUAUUCUUCUAUUUAUCACAUGGAGGACAGACUGGAACAGAGAGGCCGCAGAAGCCGAAGAUAGGAUUAAGGUGUGGGGAGGUUCAGUAGAACCCAUCGCAGACAGUUGAGUGAAGAACGGGGUUCUUGCUGGUUUUGUGACUAUGAAUUAUUGAGCCCUUGAUGGAGAGACCAGGGGCAGAGGAGACUUGAGGUUCUUUCUGCAUCAGUAGACACGUUAAUAAUUUGUGUAGGUUAUGAAUGAAUAUGGGCUUGUUUUUAUUGGUUUGAGGAACCUAUGGCUAGAUAUGGUCAAGGAGUUAAGGAGAACAGCCUACCUGCGAAAAUCUAAAAACAGGAGUGAGAUGGCUGCCCUGCUGGGAUUCUUUCCCCAUUUGGUUGAUUGUGCUUAGGUGGCCUUGUUGGAGGAUAUUAGCCAUUUUCAGUUUACACUCUGGUUUGAUUUUUAAUUUUAAUUUUUAUAUUGAACAAAUCAAUUAACUAAAAAGUACUGUAAAGAAAGCCAUCAAAAGUAGCUGAUAGAAAUAUCUGUCCAAUAAAAAAUCAGCCACAUCGCUGCAAGAGAGAACCAAAAGUUAUAAUUUACUUUCAUGGCUCUGGCUCUUCAUGCCUGAGGUUGUCUCUUUGUAUCCAAAUUAUCAUGAAAAUAUUAAAAGAAGCAGAUAAGGUUUAUGAUGACUUUGAUGUUGUGAGGAAAAGGAGGGAUAGCCAUGGUCUCAAGUUGAUUCUCAUCCAAAAUUUGGAUAGGGAGAAAUGUCAUUAUGAUAAGGAUUAUGAUAAGGUUUAUGAUCAAUUUGAUGGUGUGAGGAAGGGAGGGUAGUCAUGGUCUCAAGUUGAUUCUCAUCCAAAAUGUGGACAAGGAGAAUUGUCUUUAUACACUAACAUAUUGAUAAAAGUGCUUUCUUUUGUAGUU